GUCUAAGGGGCUCCCGGCUGCGUGAUCUGAGCGCGUUGGGACCUGGGCGUGCGGGAGCCGGAAGGGUCUGCGCUGUGUACCGGGACUAUAUCAAAGAUAUUGGAAGCACUGCCAAUAUGUCAGGUGUUCAAGAAGCCACUAACCAACUUCUGGAUGUAAACCUUCAUGAGAACCAGAGGUCUACACAAGUGACAGAAAGUGGCCCCAGAAGUGAGUCUGAGCACCUUCAAGUCACUAUUGGAGCCACUGUACCUACUGGUUUUGAGCAAACAGCUGCAGAUGAAGUGAGAGAGAAAUUGAGGUCAUCAUGCAAAAUCAGCAAAGACCGGGGCAAGAUAUAUUUUGACAUUUCAGUGGAAAGUCUGGCUCAGGUUCAUUGUCUGAGAUCAGUUGAUAAUUUAUUUGUGGUGGUUCAGGAGUUUAAAGAUUACCAGUUCAAAGAAACCAAGGAAGAAGUCCUAAAGGAUUUUGAAGAAUUGGCUGGGAAGCUUUCAUGGUCAGACCCUCUAAAAGUAUGGAAAAUUAACACCAAUUUCAAGAAAAAAAAAACAAAACGCAAGAAGAUAAAUCAGAAUUCAAGUAAAGAGAAGAUUGAUAAUGGACAAGGAGAUAAAAGAGAUGAAAAAGAUGUUAAAAAAGAGCUCACUAACAAAGCCUCAGAUUCACAUAUUUUAGACUACUAUGAAAAGCCAGCUAUCAAAGAAGAGAUAUCAACAUUAGUAGGUGAUGAUUUGGCAUCUUGCAAAGAUGAGACUGAUGAGGGCUCAAAGGAAGAAACUGAUCUUGAAGUGCUAAAGUUUAGAGUCACAUGCAACAGGGCAGGAGAGAAACAUUGUUUUUCCUCUAAUGAAGCCGCAAGAGAUUUUGGGGGUGCUGUUCAAGAGUAUUUUAAAUGGAAAGCUGACAUGACCAACUUUGAUGUGGAGGUACUUUUGAAUAUCCAUGACAAUGAAGUCAUUGUGGGUAUUGCAUUGACAGAAGAGAGUCUCCACCGAAGAAAUAUUACACAUUUUGGACCUACAACUCUUAGAUCUACUCUUGCCUAUGGGAUGCUCAGGCUCUGUGCUCCUCAACCUACUGAUAUAAUAGUCGAUCCAAUGUGUGGAACAGGGGCAAUACCAAUAGAGGGGGCUACUGAAUGGUCUAAUUGUUUUCAUAUUGCUGGUGAUAAUAAUCCAUUGGCCGUGAAUAGAGCAGCAAAUAACAUCUCAUCUUUACUGACCAAGAACCAAAUUAAAGGCAAACUGUCCUGGGGCUUACCCAUAGAUGCUAUUCAAUGGGAUAUCUGCAAUCUGCCUUUGAGAACUGGCUCUGUGGACAUUAUAGUAACAGACAUGCCAUUUGGAAAAAGGAUGGGCUCCAAGAAAAGAAACUGGAACCUUUACCCAGCUUGCCUAUGGGAGAUGAGCCGUGUCUGUAGACCAAGGACAGGUCGAGCUGCACUACUUACUCAGGACAAGAAAUGCUUUAUCAAGGCAUUAUCUGGAAUGGGACAUGUAUGGCAGAAGGUGCAUACUGUCUGGGUGAACAUAGGUGGUCUUCAUGCUGCAGUCUACCUUCUGAAACGUACACCUCAAGCUUUUGUUCAUCCUUCAGAACAAGAUGGAGAAAGAGGAACUCCUCGGUAAUGCAAAAAUGAAGAUGAUUAAUGGAAUUUGUGCUUCCCGACACUGGAAAUGCCAGCAUGAACUUGCUUUGAGAAAAACAGUAUUGACAAAGUGCAGUGUGCACUGUUUAAAUUGGUCUAAAGUUCUUCACCCUGGUUAGCAAAAGGUGUGAAUGUAUGGUGGAACUGAAAGUCUUGGGAGAAAACUUUUCUUUUGAGCUGUUGUGAAGAAGUAGCUGGGCAAAUUAGUACUUUUAAAAUGCUUUAAAGAUGCUAAACCUACUAAAAUGCUCUUGGAUUUGGAUUUAGAACAUUUUGUUUUUCAGGCUUUAUACCAGUUCCUAUUUUCCAUUGUAGCCACCCUGGCCUAAUGGAAAGGCAGAGAACAUAAUCAUAGCAUCUUAGGCAACACAGAUAUUGCCUGUGUAGCUUUGCUAUUUAGUUGUUCAAGUUUUUACCUCAACCUUUAAAAAAUGAAGCAUUAUUAAUUUUGUGAAAUAGUAUUUGCCUCAUGACAAAAUGAAGUCUCACAAGACCUAUAGGAAAGUUUACCAUCUGCCUUAAUUAAAAUAUGCAUCUGUUAUUCAGGUUAAUACAUAGAAUAGAGGACUAGAAUUUAGCAAAGGAAUUACAAAGAUACAUUUUUAUUUGUAAAUAACAGCAAGUACAUUGAUAGAUUAAGUAUGGGACCAACAGGUAAAAUUUAAAGAAAUUUUAUUUUUCUUUCCAUACACGAAAGUGGUGUUGCUUUUCAAAGUCAAACAUAAAUUUGACAAUAUUUUUGGUUUCUUAAAAGAACUAAUGUAUGUUUGAAUUUAAAACUUCAUCUAAGUUCUUGGCUAUUUUCUCUUGAGUCACUGUCCAUGUUUAGAUGCUCUUCUAAUUGCAGAAAGACCUUUUUGAGAUAGUGGAAAAUAAAAUGAUCUCAACAUAAUACUAAGUCCUUGUGAUAAAUAGUGUUUCCCUA